GCACAGUUCCAGGCCGAGAUCAGAGAGACGCCACCAUGGAACUUCUUCUUACGUUAGUGAUGGCAUCAGUGCUGAUGACGACGAACGCCCUAAGUGUGGAAGUGGAUCAAGUGCGACAACUACAAGAAAACUACGAAAUUUUGGCUGGCAAAUUCCAUCAACUGGAGACGAAAUUCCAGGAACAAGAAUCGACACUCAGGAUUUUUGAAAAACAGAUCCAGGAUAAUUUGAACAAGAAUUCUGAGCAUCCACCACUCAGCCAAAACGCUCUGCCACGGACUUGUCAGGCGGCCAGAGCAGCCAAUUCUUUUCUAACAUCCGGGUUGUACUGGAUCGACCCGGACGGAUCAGCAACUGGAGAUGAACCCAUUCGCGUCUACUGUAACAUGAACACAGGUUCGACGGAAGUAUUACACGACAGCGAAUCGCCAAUGGAUUCCGGCCACUGCGCUAGUCCCGGUUGUUAUUUUCGUCACAUUAACUACAAAGCGUCUUCAAGACAAAUGGCAGCGUUAGCCGAACUCUCCGUCCAGUGCUCGCAGUCCAUCAAGUACGAUUGUAUCUCCUCACCUUUGGAGCGCAACGGCAUUUCUUACGCUUGGUGGAACGACCGGAAUGGAAAUCCCCAAUAUUUCUGGUCCGGCAGCAAUUCCAGAGUUCACGUCUGCCAGUGCGGCAUCGAGCAAACGUGUUUCGAAAACGACGUUCGCUGCAACUGCGACUCCAACGCUAAACUUCAACUAGUUGAUCAAGGGGUUAUUACUAGAAAGAAAUUGUUACCAAUAACACGCUUGAAUUUCGGAGGCACCCACCGGGCUAACUCGACUGGCAUGCACACUCUAGGAAGAUUCGAGUGUGACGGCCGUUUGUCAUCCGCUUUGAAUAAAGGUUUCCCGACCUCGUGUGCGGAUUUGUGGCGUAACGGGUUCGUCGCUAACGGACUCUACUCGAUUAAAGGCAGCAAACAGGUGGAGAAAGUCUAUUGCGACUUCAAUAAGUUGCCCAGCGAACCAGAUUUUCAAACGUGGAUCGGAUACGAAGAUGUGAAAUCGCAUCCAGUCUUUUUCCAGGUGCAAAAGGAUGCAGAUGUAUUGCCACAUAAUAGCACGAUUCCCUUUGAAAUAGAACUACUGAAUGUUGGCAGUGCGAUGGAUAUUUCCUCGGGUGUUUUCACAGUGCCCCGCUCAGGACGCUAUUUCUUCACGUUGUGGGGAAUUAAGGAUGAAGCCGCUAAAGGGACAGAAUUAUCAUUGCAACUGAAUGGGGUUCAGAUCGCUCAAACUUCGAGUUCUUAUGGCGGUUCGUACUCUACAUAUUCCCUCCAGACGACUUUGAAUUUGCAAGGGGCUGAUCAAAUCUCUUCAUCCCUCACAAGUGCAGCGAUCCACAAAAAAUCCGUUUCUACGUAUUCCACAUUUUUUAGUGGAUGGUUGUUAGAGGAAGACAUUUUUAAGAACUGAUCGAAAUGCAUGGUUGAGAUAUUAUGUACUUUAAGAAACGUUACAGCAAGAAGAAAAAUUCGUAUUUGUUUAUUCUCCAAUCAAAUUGGUGUCAGUCAAAUUUUGUAAAUAUACUAUACACGUACUA